AUGGACUUGUACCUAAACAACUGUUUAAAGGCCGCGGAGGCUGCUGCCUCCAAAGCGGCUUCGGACAACCUAAAAUCUGACAAAGAGACUUGUAGAACCAAGAAAAAGAACCUUAUCAUUCCAAAUAUUGGACCAUCUAGUCUAUUGGAUUUGCCUCUUGGAGCCAAACUGCCUGUUAUCCCAGGAAGUACUAAUAUAUUCUACACAACAAAUCUAAGUGAAAAGCUUUAUCAGCCUUCUUUUGGUUUUAACCUUAAUGAUCCUUACUGCAAACUCAUGGAAACCACUUACAAAAGUCUUCACGAUCCACACCUAAAGUCAUACUUCAAGCGAAAAGACAUCCUUAAGAAACUAAGACAGGGAGGAUACAUCACCGGCAAUAACAAAGUGGUGUGUUCCUUAAAAGAGUUGAACAAAUACAGACAAUAUCUUACUACUUUAAAAAUUGACUUUGAACGAAACUAUAUCAGAGAACAAAAAAUCAUUGAAGAUCAAGUGAACAAACUGAACGAAGAGAGACGGGCCUGUGACGACGCUGCUGCUGCUGAGUUUCAGCAGUGGUUGUUACAAGAAGGGAAAAAACCUUGCCCGCAUCAAGACCGACUACUGAAACUCAGACAUUUGCAUAUGAUUCACAAAGAACUAGACAAAAUUGAAAACACCUCGGAAAGGCGAAACACCUUGCAGUUACUGGAAGAAGACCUACAACACUGGGAUAACGUUAGAAGGAAACUGAAUCUCCGCACAGACAUUGACCAGGAAUGGCAAUCCAAGGAAAUGGCAUUUCUAACAAAGAUUGGAGAAGAAGUGAAAAGGAACACCAAAGCUGAUGACCGUCGUCGGAAAAUCAGAGAUGAAAUUAACCGAAAGAAACAAGUAAUGCUUCACAAAAGAAUUGCCUACCAUUUGCAAAAACUACAAAAGAAAGACAGUAAAAAAGAAACCGGAAAAGCAAGUGCCUUUGAAAUCCAAAGACAAUCUGAAACAGCGUCUGUGACAACCCAGAAGAAACCAAGCGUCACAGAGCCAAAGACGUCUCAAGAACACCUGGAACAAAAAUCAUCUACAUCCAGUUUAAGAACAAGUGUUUCUGACCAAAGACUAUUACAAGAAUCAAGAGAGUCAAAAUCUACCUCACAAACCACAAAAACCAGUUUUGACGAAGAGAAACCUUCAUUUUAUGGACUUCUGGAGACACAAUUUUCUCCAACAGACACAAGGACACCUAGUUUGCCUGAGAUGCAGACAUUUCAAGACUUUUUGGAACCCAAAUAUUACUAUCACCCUAGUGAGAAGAAAGCGAGUUUUGCUGAGCAGAUGUUUUACGAACCGAUUGAACAAAAAUAUGGUCCGGUAAAGGCAAAAAGAUCCAGUUUUAUCGACCAGAAAUUUAUGGAAGACCUUCUAGAAGCAAAAUAUCUUUACCCAAAUACUAUGAGAAGAAGUUUCACCGAUCACAGACUGACGGGAGACAAUCUAGAAGCAAAAUCAACUUCAUCAAACACAAAGAAAAGAAUUGUUUCAGAACAGAAAUUGUUUUAUGAACCAGUCAAAAUAAAAUCAACUCCACAAAAUGUAAAGAAAACAAGUUUUUCUGAAGAGGAAUCAUUUCUACAACUCAUGGAAGCAAUAACACCUCGACAAUAUGUAAAGAAAACAAGUUUCACUGACCAGAAAUCAUCUCAAGAAUCUCUGGAAUCCAGACGAUCAAGCCAACAGUCUCAAAGUAACAUUAAGGUUUUUAUUAGGACAUCAACAACUUUACCACCCCAAGUGAGGAACAUACAACAUCCAGCCGAGCAAAAGCAUGAUAAAGAAAGAAAGACAUCACAUCAUUCAUAUGACAGAGCCAGACUCAACAUGUGUGGAAUGCAACUGACAGUCAGCAAGCUGACAGAUGCAGUGAGCCUUGGGUUUUAA